AUGGUACGAUAUGCUGCUCUUAAAGGACUCUACGACCUGGAAAAGACCAUCGGUAGCGGCGGUUUUGCUAAAGUCAAAUUGGCAACUCACGUUGCUACCGGUGAGAAGGUUGCUAUUAAAAUUAUGGACAAGACAACAUUGGGUGAAGAUCUACCAAGAGUAAAGCUGGAAGUAGAGGCUCUUAAGACAUUGUUGCAUCAACAUAUCUGCAGACUCUAUCAGGUCAUAGAGACAGAGAGUCAUUAUUUUAUGGUGAUAGAAUAUUGCUCUGGAGGAGAAUUGUUUGACCAUAUAGUGGAAAAAAAUAGAUUAUCAGAAGCUGACUCUCGUAAGUUUUUUCGUCAAAUAGUUUCUGCUGUGGCUUAUAUGCACAAUUUGGGAUACGCUCACAGGGACUUGAAACCUGAGAAUGUUUUGUUGGAUAAAGAAGAGAACUUAAAAUUAAUUGACUUUGGACUAUGUGCGAAACCCAGGACUGGAAUGCAAUCACACUUGUAUACCUCUUGUGGUUCUCCUACUUAUGCCGCUCCAGAACUUAUAAUGGGAAAAAAAUAUUUAGGCUCAGAAGUAGACAUUUGGAGCAUGGGAGUUCUCCUUUAUGCUUUAUUGUGUGGCUUUCUACCCUUUGACGACAAUAAUUUGGAGACUUUGUAUAAAAAGAUACUUAAUGGCAAAUACGAUGAACCAUAUUGGUUGUCUAAUGAUAGUAAAAUGCUAAUCAGAAAGAUGCUGCAAAUCGACCCAGCGAAGAGAAUCACUAUUGACGAACUAUGUAAUCAUCCGUGGAUUACAUCAAAUUCUCUGAAACCUGUAUCAUUCGUCCACAGAACCAAUUUUGAAAAGGAUGACGAAGUAUUGAGCACUAUGUCCGCUAUUUGUGGUGAGAACAGCACUGACAUAUGGAGGAAACUUGUGAAAAGCGAUCGGUCUGAUUAUAGAACGGCUACAUAUUUGUUAUUACUUGAUAGGAAACCACGUGGACUUUCGUUGAAAGUAACUCCUGUAACAAGAUCAUAUUUUAAGACCCAAGUGAAUGGCAUCAAUUUUCCACAACGUGAAGCAGGAGUGAACAAUUUUAUUACUAAACUCGACCAGUCUCCAAGAUCCAGAAGGAACGACAGAAAAUCUCCUGUGAUUGAUGUGACAUAUAACGUUUUGCCUAAUCCAGAUAAUAAUACUGUGAAUAACUUCACAGAACCUUGUAUACCAACACGAAAAAGAUUACGAAGCAGAGAACCUGAUGACGUAUCAUCUCCUGCGAAAAGGCCAACUGAAAAGAAUAGAUUGAAUAGUACUUCAACGCAAUCCGUAACACCGGAGGCCAGAAAUACUCAAGUGUCCACACCCAGCAGUGCGAGAAAAGUUAUGAUGGGCUUAGAGCGAGGAUUGAAUCGGGUAAGAUACGUUCUCACUCCGAAGAGACGAGUGAAGAACGAAAAUGCAGAUCCCGAUGAACCGAGCAUAUUGUCCGGUAAGGGCCUCUCCAAUGUGUCUUCAACAUGUAGUAGUUGUCCAAAGUAUGUUCUCUCAAAAUUACGAAGAGCGCUUCGACGAAAGGGUAUAAUGUGUCGUCAGAAAGGAUUUAUCUUGCAAGGUGAAACCGAGGAAUCUUCGGAAGAUAAGAAGGAAUUGUCGAAGUCGAUUUGCUCGCAGAAUUCCUGUUCCUUUGAACUCGAGGUCUGCCUUUUGGAGACUGGUUCGAACGACAAACCAUUAGUUGGCAUUCGUCGGAAGAGGUUGAAGGGUGACGCGUGGGUGUACAAGCGCGUUUGCGAAGAAGUUCUCGCUCUAGCAGCUGAGGAUAUUUCUACAGAUCAAGAAGGUUCUUCCGAGUCCAAGUGUCCUAUUUGAGAGGACUAAUUCAGUCUCGUAGUUGUACGUGUAUCUACGGUAUAUAGAUUUCUUAAUACAUACGUCCUCAAUAAUCCAAGAUAUGUUUGCACAUGUCUUGAUCUCUUAGCUAUUAAUGAUAUUAAGAUUUAUAUAUUUUAUAAAAAA